AAUUGUUCGUUCACAGCAGAGCACCGCCUUGUGCGUGCAUAUCUUUUUAUUUGUGGAAUAGCUUAUCCGAUAGGCUUAAGUCAGCAAACAAAGUUAUACUAAAACCAACAGUAGGCUAAUAAAGAAAGAAAGAAAGAAAGAAAAGAAUAUUCAGGGUAAUUUAAAAACUGCCGUGCCAUCCAAGUCCCACCGUUCGGCGCACGUCCCUUGUAUCCGAGACCGGUGCCCUUUCAUUACGCACAACCAGGAGAGCGUUCACAUGGCUUUACACUGGAAGGGGCAACCCUGUCAGAAUGGAGCGGCGCUCAGGAACGGCAGAUUCAGAGGUCAUGCAGCAGCGAAACACGAGCCCCAACAUCACCUUUUCAUCUAACCUCGACGAAUACAGUUCAAGAUCGUCGCUUCACGUCGGAGAAGUAGUUCAAUAAGAAGUUGCCGGAGGGCCCCUGGGGAUUCUUGGGGGCGUAUGGAGUGUUAUAGUUCGCAACUAUGGCAGCUGAACCCUAAGGGGACAUGGAUUUACCAGUGAAGGAUGUAAUAGACGAGUCUGUGAACAAUUCUAUUGUGUCUUUCCAAAACAAGACCACUCACAGCGGACUGAGCGCCACUUCUCCCGGAGUGUCCACUGCGCUGGCCAGCGUGCUGAUCUUCACCAUCGUGGUAGACAUCCUGGGCAACGUGCUGGUCAUACUCUCCGUGUACAGGAACAAAAAGCUCAGGAAUGCUGGCAACAUCUUUGUGGUGAGCCUGUCUAUUGCUGACCUGGUGGUGGCGCUGUACCCUUAUCCACUGGUGCUCACUGCCAUUUUCAACAAUGACUGGACUAUGGGAGACUUCCACUGCCAGGCCAGUGGUUUUAUCAUGGGGCUCAGUGUUAUUGGAUCUAUCUUCAACAUUACAGCCAUUGCCAUCAACCGCUACUGUUACAUCUGCCACAGCCUGCUCUAUGAUCGCCUCUAUAGCCUGAGGAACACCUGUUUUUACUUGGGUCUCACCUGGCUCCUCACAUGCAUCGCCACGGUGCCAAAUUUCUUUGUGGGUUCACUUCAGUAUGAUCCACGCAUCUACUCUUGCACCUUUGCCCAAACUGUAAGCUCUUACUACACCAUAUCUGUUGUCAUUAUUCACUUUCUAAUCCCACUACUGGUGGUGUCUUAUUGCUACAUGCGAAUAUGGGUGCUAGUGAUCAAAGUCAAACACAGGGUGAAACCAGAACAAAGGACAAAACCAAAACCAAGCGAUAUUAAGAAUUUCUUGACAAUGUUCAUGGUUUUUGUAUUAUUUGCAGUUUGCUGGGCACCACUCAACCUCAUAGGCCUAGCAGUAGCUAUAAAUCCGAGUAAAGUUGUGCCCAACAUACCUGAAUGGUUGUUUGUCACGAGUUACUUUAUGGCGUACUUCAACAGCUGCCUCAACGCUAUCAUAUAUGGUCUGCUGAACCAAAACUUCAGGAAAGAGUACAAGACAAUCGUCCUUGCUUUAUGCAUGCCGCGUUUACUGCUUGUAGAGACGUCCAGAUGUGCCACAGAAGGUCUAAAGAGCAAACCUUCUCCAGCUGUAACAAACAACAAUAUAGCAGAAAUAAAUGUAUGAAGUUGUGUGUAACUGAGUAUAAAGUUACUGAUCAAAAAAAGUGUGUAAUGAAAUUAUUGUGUGCCUUUAAAGACAUGACUUGCAAAAAAUAUUAAUCUUUUUUAUGGGUGAUAUUGCUUAUGCCUUUGGGAGGAACAAAAUAACUGAAAACUCUGCAUUUUACUGCUUGAAAUUGGUCUAUUUUUUUUUUAUCAAAGAUCACAAGCCUUCUUAAUGUUUUGAUUUAGAGGAGCCUUGAACUCAAUAAACUUCUGAAAAAUGUGAA